AAACGGGUCCGUACGGUUAGUCCAUAUUGGUACGCUCGACCGGUCAGUUCGGAAUUGUGGCUAGCCAUCGCCGUCGUGAUCGCUCGACGGUUGUGUAGAGCGCUUCUCUAUAGAGUGCAGUUUCUGUUUCUUGUUUUCCCGUGUGUACAGAGCUGUGUGGCAACGAGGAAAGAGACGAGUUAUUUUUUUUUGCUUCUACUGAACAGUAGUUACCUACACACAGUCUGUGGGUGAAAUCUAGAACGGGACCGUUUUGUACUGAGGUGUGAGUUCUGCUGCUCGAGCAAAUCCGGCCCGGCCGAAGUGGCAUGUGUGGAUCGUUCUUGUUGGGCUUUUCAGUGUGCAAAAUUGCAACAAAGCAGUUGCCUUGAAGUUUGAGGGCUUAUUAGGAGUAUACAGAGUAUCUCCAGAAAAGAGAAUAGCCUCGCGAUCGAUCGUUUCAUUGUGCAGUUAUUGCAGUGCAAAGCCGGCUAGUUGUGUUGUUUUAAUAGCGGAUCGCCGUGGAGUGUGGAUGUUUGGCUUCGGAUUAGUGCACCUUUUCAGCCAGUCAGUGGAUUGAACGUAGGCAUUGGAAACUGGCUCGUGUGCUGCGGGUUGUCGUUGCUGGUUUCGGAGAGUGCUGGAAGAGGUGUGUGCGCGCUGGGGCAAAGAAAAAAAAGCAUUGAAGUUAUCGAGGGUAGAUACGAUGUGUAGUGAUCUAUAGGAUUGAAAUACUAGUUUGUGGUCGAGUGUUGCCUUUUUCGGAAAGGAGCAGCCGCUGCAGUAGAAACAAAACAACAACAACAGGGUCGGUUUGGUGUAUUUAUGCAUUAAGUCAAGAUCGGAAAACAGAGAAUACGAUACGGGAUAAAAAGGCUAUAAAUAUAUAUACACACACGCAAAAAAGGCGAAGCGUCGUGCUUGUUUUGAACGGGAGAAAUACAUGCAGUAAACAAGUUUUAGCACAAAAAUGAUGAAUCUCUUGUGAGUCGUUGUCCCCGUUUUUGGAGAAGCGAACCAGGGUAGUGUUUGGAUAGGAAACCCGCUAGAAGGACGAAGUUCAGGGCUUAAGACAAAAGACACCAGAAAGCUGAAAGUGGGAAGAAAACUGUUAACGAGCUGUUGAGUGGUUGCCUCGAACAAGACCGAUAGUUUGGCCCUGUAAGACCGACGUUUCAGCUGGAAACUUUGCGAUGUUCAUGUUACCGCGAAAGAAGCUGCAGUCAGUAUUGUGAGAGCGUCAGCUACAUAUUUAGGACCAACGAUCGAUGCCUGAGAAGGUUGCAUGAGCGCAGAAAGAAGUCAGUCAGUCUGUAUGUAAAGCAGCAUCAUGCCUGAAUUGUUCAGCGGGCAAGUUAGUUAGCUAAAAUAACACAAUAAGUUGUACCUGCUCUGGUGCUUCGGUGAAAAACUGCAACAUUUUUAUUUAACGGAUUCCAAGCAGCGGCUCACUCGGCUGGUGGAAAAUUUUCAACGAACGAUUACGGCAACCAUUCACCGGAAUAAACGGCAAUUACUUUUUCGGAGCAACGCGCCCCGGUACGGAUGAAACAAAUACCCCAACAUCAAUGAGUAUGUGCGCUAGAAUCAUUUCAUCGUUUUACAACAGUUGUGAACUGCAGCAGGACGCUACUGGGCAGGACCGGCACAGCCAAUAGAAAUUCAAAUCAGAAGCACUUUUCUUCCGGAAUUGGCGACAGCAGAAAGGUCGGCUGCCUCCGGUGCAGCGAAUAAUUCAUCAGCAAUGCCAACGACCACGGUGAAAAAGGACACAAAUGAACAGCACAGUGAUGGCGAUAAUGAAGAGGAAGAACCCAAGGACAUGAAAAAUGCGCAUCUCAUUAUCAACGAGCUAAGAUCUCGCUGCCGGAACCAGUCGGAGCAGAUAAUGGCGUGGAAGAAGGCUUACGCACUUCAGCAAGAGCAAAAUCACCGGCUGCAGAAGGAGAAAGCAGAACAGCUCAACUAUUUGACCAGCCAGCUGCUGCUGCUGGAGUCCCGGAUAAUGCGCAAGCAGAAGCAAGUGUCCAACAUUCUCUACCAACGGGAGCUGACCAUCUUUCGGCAGCAGAAGAUCAUCGAGACGCUAUCUAGUCGCCUGAUCGACCACGGCAUCAUCGAUGUCGUUCUGGAUCCGGCCAUCAGCCUAAGCACCACUAACAACAGUAACAAUAACAGUAACGAUUUUGAUUCGCUCAACGAUUCCGACUCGGCCGUAGUGCUGGAGGAUGCCGAUUCCGACUGCAACAGUUCCAUCUACUUUGGCGGCGGUGGGGGUAGCCUAAAGUCUCGUUGCGGCGGGAAUAAGUUGAACAACGAUGUGACCAUAGUGAGGUCAAUCUCCGAUGCGAUUGAAACGACGAAUUUGAAAUAUAAUAAUACGAGGCGAUCGAACUGUUUUUUGAGGCGUCCGGAAGUGCUGGAAACGGUUUACAGUGUGGAAGAGGAUCCUGAACCACAGGGUGCUGGUGGUGGCGGGGGAGGGGUCGGUCCCGGAGGCAACAAAGCAGAUGCUGUAACGGAAAAACGGGACAAGUUUAAAAAUCGAACUGAAAAAUGUAUUUCGUCCGAUCAGUCGGACGACUCCAAGGAAAAUCAAAGUACAACCACAACCAAGUUCACCAGUACAACAAUGACCACCGUGAUUAUUACCAAGACUAGCUGCGACGGUGAUUCGGGAGGAUGCGAAACUCCCCCGGGAAGCAUUCAAGGCUGCAAGGCCGGAGCGGUGACCAACUACAACAGGGUCAUGUCGAACCACCGUUCGGUGACCAAACCGAAGGAUGUAAAGUAUAAACGCAUCAACAAGGCCAAAUCGAAAAGUCUGGAGGAGCUACGGGGCCGGCUGAGGCACUGGGUCGAACGGGGAAGCUGCAAUAUGAACCUGGACGGGGGCCUAGCUCAUCUGGAUCCUUGCCAACUGCAGCUACAGCAAUCGCAGCAAAACCUAGCGCAAAGUUAUGCGUGACCUGAGCCAAAGCCCCACGUGCGGGGAAGCAUUUAAUGAUUAUUAUUUAUUACCGGUUAGCCAGGCAUUUGCAUGCCAGGGACGUUUUUCCGAUUCUGGCACAGUCGUUUGAACGUUCGAAGGGCCGCUUUGGGAUGUGAUUGAAAUUUGAAGUGUAACAGGAAAAUGAACAGAAUAGAAAACACAGCUAAUUAAGAUUAGUGUCGAGUCCUUAAUAUUUGUGAAACAAUUGUACAUAAAAGAGUGAUUUUUAAAUUUAUUUAUUACACUAUGAAUUGUCGGUGGUAAACCAAGAAAUUAAUCAAAGAGAAAACAAUCAUUUUUUUCAAAUCGUAUAUAAUAAAUAUCUAAGAUUCUGACUGAGUCAGGUUACCUACAGACAUGGAAUAUGAAAGCGAACAGAUCGCUUACCAAUGUGCUUAGAAAAGAUAACACUGGAAGAUGUAUUCGAUAGAUUUGUGAACAAGAUUCAAGCCUAUUAUAGCUUUUGUACUAUGCACGGAAUUUAAAGUAUACAUACAAAAUAUCAAGUAAUCGAUGAUGACUGCUUUUUAGGACGCAGCUCAAGUGAUCUUUCUAUCCAAAGUGUGUUUCAAAGAGCGAGAGAGAGAGAAAUGGCAAAUUAACUGAACAAUCUUUAUUGGAGUGAAAUUGUGAACUCAUACAAUUCUAUAAAUCGUUCGAUUUAAGUGAAGAUGAUUGUAAACGAGCCACAAACGGCUCAACCCUGUACAUAAAUUCAAUUCGGAACAGAAUUUGAAAAACAUAAGUCCGCGAUCCUCAAACAAGGGAGGAAAAUAUUAUGAAUUUAAACUAAUUACUAACAUUUAAGAGGCAAGAUAAAUUGAGCAGCAAAUGUUCUUUUGCUAUAAUUAGCUAAAACCAAAAGCAGCAAAACAACCAUCCUGUGUAUAAGAAGUUUUGAAUGCUUAUUAAUCUAAUAAAGAAAAUGAAACCUUCUGUUCUAUAUACAGAUUC